AUGCGAAGUCUCCUCUGGUAUUGCUGGCUCUUCUUGGCAUUUCUGUUGAUCAACACAGCCCAGGCCAGGUUUCAACUUAACGCUGUUUCUUGUGUUUUGUUUAAAAAGGGUGAUGUUUCCCAUCAAGCAACACAUUUUGGAACAGACUGCACACAGAUUAAGACUCUCUCACCUCAGGCACCCAGUGGCGUUUAUGUAAUCCAACCCGACAGAGGCAAGGCACCAUUUAAGGUGUACUGUGAGAUGCGGUCUGACGGAGGCUGGACUGUGUUUCAGAGGCGUAGUGAAGGAAAACCUUCCUUCUACAAGAAAUGGGCGGCAUAUAGUAAGGGUUUUGGAAACCUGAAAAAUGACCACUGGCUCGGCCUGAAGAAGGUUUCCCACCUGACCAAGAAGAAAAACAAGAAGUGGACCCUGAGAGUCGACCUGUGGGACCACAAGAACGGAACUGCUUAUGCUGAGUACCAAAACUUCCACUUAGGCAACGAGAGUGAACAUUUCAAACUGCAUGUGGGGAGAUACAGUGGAACUGCAGGUGAUGCCCUCCGUGACCAGAACAACUACGGCUUUAGCACCAUCGACCGUGACAAUGAUGGUUGUUCUCCAUGCAUCUUUGGUGACAUUGCUCAGAGGGAGUGUACAUUCAGUGCCCAUGGUGGUUGGUGGUACAGCCGCUGUGGCUCUGCCAGUCUGAAUGGUAACUGGCAUCGUGCUGGUGACAACAUUGGUUGGGCUUCAGGCCUCCACUGGAAAACCUGGAAAACCCCUGUUCCUUAUUCCAUGAGGGCCACCAGAAUGAUGAUGAAGUCUGUGAGAGGGCUAACAUCUUUUGGUUUUUUAUACUGGUAGUAGAUUCUAGUACAAAUCCUAUAAAUGCAUUUGGAGAUUUGAUAUUCUUCACAAUUUUUGUGUCUACAAAUGUCUUUUUGUCAAGGUCAUUACUGAGGUACCCCUUUCACAAAUAAUUAAUAAUGAUGGAUUUAAUUAAAAUAAAUCUGUAAAGCCAUUGCAUUACCAAAAAUGUGGUUGCUUAAUUUAAAGUUUCAUCAAACAUAUAGAAAUCUAAAUUAUGUUGAUACAUAUUCCCUCAAUGACAAUAUUUCCCCAACUUGAGCUGUCAACUGCUUCAAUUUCCUUUUAAAGUUUCCCACUGUGAUAAGCAGUUUAUUCUUUUUAUUAACGAUUAUUAAACUAUUCAUAUAUAAUUAAAAUAUUUCAUAUAAAAUGUUUUUAGAAAGUACAACUAUUAAAGAGAUUACAUUUCCUAACUUUCCACGACUUAUCAUCCAAACACUGUAACCAACAACAGUGAUAAUCUUUACGAGAAGUUAAUUUUGUAUUUAUUUAUUUUAAUGAUAUCAAAGGGGGAGUAACAUAAUGAUUGAUAGAUCUGUUGACAAAUGGUAAUGAUCUGUACCAGAUACCGGAGCUGCAGAGAAACAAUGAGAAGACACACAGCUAACAUUUGUUACAUAUCUAACCAUGAAUGUCUGCUUCAGACAAUAACAACAAAAUGUUAGGUUUCUCCCACAUGCAUGUUCUGUUGCAUUGCUCAAAUGGAAUGAACAUUUACAGGAUGUGGUCGUCAUGUAUCACACCUUUGAUUAUAUUGUUUGGGAUUUAGACCUCCACUGGAAAACCUGUUAACACCCUUGGCCCAGUGACGAUUCUACUGUAGAGUCUCUUGGGUCCCUAAGCAAUAAUUAAUUGGGGGGGCCCUCCAACCAGCAUUCAUCACCUUCAUGUCUGCCAGUGUCCCGACACUUACUCCUCUUCCUCUUUUCUGUGUUUCCCUUUUCUCUCCUAUAGACGGAUCAUAUCUAUUCAUUUUUCAAACUUUGGUUUUCACAGUUAUAAUGCAUGCAACCCUUAGCAGGGCAACAAGAGUAAGUGCAAUUGGAUGGGCCCCUUUAGGGAAGUUACCUAGAGUCAUUGCAAAAUUUAAUUGUGGAAAAUAAAUUAUCCGAACUAUCCAAA